CUUGAUCAUUUUUCAACAUUGAAUGCUCUCCUGGUGACAGCAUCACCGCCUUGACCGAUGGCUCUUGUCGACUACUCAUCAUCGUCAUCGCAUUCCGACAGUGAAAAUGAUGAAGCGCCAUCGGCACCGCCGGCCAAGCGGCGUAAGCGCUCGCCGGGCUCCGGGUCACAGCCCAACGCCCCGAGCGCUCCGUCCAGCUCCGAAUCUGGGCUGCCACCCUUGCCCUCGGCAUUCCACGACCUGUAUGCGUCCACCGUCCGCCACAGCGUCGUCGAUGAUCCCGCGCUGCAUCAGGGCCGCAAGAGACUGAUUCCUCACGUCGUGGGUAACUGGCCCAGCCAUCUGUACAUUGAGUGGCAUCCACUGGCUGACCAGCAUGAGAAGCUGGUUCAAUUGGUAUGCAAGGUCAACGAGCACGUUGGCAAUCGGGCCAGGCUGCACAACUUUCUGACGAGUGAUUUGGGAGCGCCCUUGCCUCUCCACAUCAGCCUGUCAAGGCCCAUUUCCCUCAGCACCUCUAACAAGGACGUGUUUCUCGAUAAGAUCUCAUCAGCCCUGCACGCCAGCGCCGUGCCCCAGUUCUCUGUUAGCCCCAAAAGAUUAAAGUGGUAUAAAUCUCCCGAUUCCAAUCGCACAUUUCUUGUUCUCCAAGUAGCAAGCUCGCAAGCUUCGAAUAGCACUGGAGCGCUAUCGAAUCCAGAGCUUAUGCGGCUGUUGAGUGCUUGCAACGACAUGGUCCAGUCGUUCAACCAGCCCAUUCUGUACCAGACCAAGGAGACGGACACUGCUGAUGAAGCAUUCCACAUAUCCAUUGGAUGGGCACUUGAUCUCCCUGUUGAUGAAGAGUCCAAUAAAGCCCUAGACGCGUUUGGAGAUGAAGAUUUCCAGACCAUCAAGUCGUGGAAGGUUUCGGUGCCCGGGGUCAAGGUAAAGAUAGGCAAUGUCGUAAGCCACCUACCGCUGUCUACGGGAGCGGCUUCAGCUGCUUCAAAGGGGCUAUCAAAAUCACUCUUUGGGCUCUAAUCUAAAGGUAUCAAAAGCUGCUUCAUUAGUAAGCUUCUUGGUAUAGAUAGCUGCUAAGCAUCUACAUGAGUAUUGGCAUCACACGGCGUUGGGGUCACUCGGAACAUAUAGAAGGGUGUUUGCAUCCAUUUACGCAUCUUGCGCCCGACGAAAAGCAUUACCAGAUAGACUCAAUAGGAGACAAUCAUAAACACCAAACUUUGAGCGUAUCGGGAAUUUCGUUGUACAGCAGUGAUUAUUCGAGGGAUCUUCGAGCAUCACGGCAUGUCGGCUAAUUCCGUUCAUUUAGCAGUUAAUCCGGAUGUGCUCCGGCCUCGGUACCACGUUGACGCUUGGGCGCUAAUGGAGUUUAG